AGUUCCAAUCCUCGUCUCGUAUACAUGUAUACAUGUUACUUGAUUUCUAACACAAUGUGCAUACUGGGUACCUUAGAUAGGUACCUAAGGUAGGUAGAAAUCUAGAAAUGUACAUGCCGUUGUUCCAUCUUCACUUUACCUACCUUAUUCGCCCAGAGCACAGUUAGAAUAGAACUCUUAACCAUAUAGGUAUUUAGAUAUACGACGAGUAUAUGGCAUUCACAAUGCAGCAAGAAAAUCAGCGCAGGCUCUCGAUGCUCUCGACGCCUACUCAAGAUCUAUCAACUCUAUCUUCCAAUUCCACUUCUGCUUCCACUUCACACAAGUCUAAUUUCAGUUAUUCUCAAAAUGCUGUCUCCAUUCCGGCCGCCUAUGGCUAUCUUCCUCAACCGAUGUGGCCUCAGGAAUAUCGUCCUAUACAGGGAGGUUCGAGGGCUGUACCCUUACGAAUGCAGAGAGGCAUUAUGAACAGGGUUGAGUCACGCCAAAUACCCGUCCCAUCAUUGCAGUUGCAGCCAUCGUCAGACCGGCCUUAUUCCGCCCCCAUCUACCUCAAACCCCAUGCCCGUAGUGGCAGCGAUGGCAGUUUCACUCAUCCGCCAAGGCCAGCCACCUCUUUAAACUUAGAUAGUGUCGAUAAAUCAGGGCCAUCUUGUCUGACCGUAUUCCCCCAGCACGGAGUAGCUCAGAAACCUGAACAUGACCUCCUCGCAUUGCGCGCCACCACCCUUAAAGAAUUGGAAUCAUCCAGAGGGGCUUUUAGAACUAUCCGCCCCGUUGCCAACCGUGGUUCCCGAAGAAUACCACAGUCAAACACAAGCACCGUAGAUGGCAAUCACGGAGAAUUGGACCCCGGUGUAAUCUCAUCUGAGAAACCAUUGGUAAGGUUUGAAGAAGGUCAAAAGCGAGCAGCUAGCUAUAUCGACGUAAAGCCUAAUCCCCCAAAGAGGAUCAAAUUCAAUGUGAUUCAGAACCAAUCCCAGACGGCUACCACCAUUAGGGCAUCCAAGCAGCUGCUCAUGGGGAAUACCUCCGACGUGCAACCAACCCAAGCUCGCAAACCUAGUUCCAUAAACACUGCCGCCAAGGAAUUCAACAAUGGCGCGAAUAUGAUACAAGGUCUAGACACCGCAGAAAAUAUUAUCAACAAAGCCGACCUACUUGGUAAUUCCCGGAGUAUCAGAACCUCGGGAAACAUGCAAAGUGCACCAAAUCUUCAGCCGAUUAAUAUUUCCACCACAGUCGAUACUCUGAGACUCUCCAGCGCAUCACCCCGAGGACUACGUGUAGAGAAUCAGAAUUUAAGUAUGUUCCGUCGUCAAUAUAUCAAUAACAUGCUUCCCGGCGCGGUAUCAAGCGAAGCCCAGGUGGAAACAAGAGCAGUUGCUAACAACAGCUACUCGUACAAUUUACAUUGUGAGACCGUUGCAAGAAGUACGGCUCGGGAAGAAGGGGAGCAUAACAGUAAAAGUUUAGACUUGCAACUUUCAAGAAUCGGAGAUUUGCUACGUGUCCAGGAUAAAGAUGGCAUGGACACAUUCAUUAAGAUGAAGUUUUGCUCGAAAGGUGCCAACAUAUUAGAGGGCCUCACAAAUGAAUUACUCUUAGGCCUAGCUGUACGGGAUGUCGAGUUACUCGAGAGUAUAACCGAACAGUGCAAAAGCUCUGGAUCAUAACGCUAGACUAUAGUGAGACAAGUCGUAUAUGAUAGACACGAGGUACACGGCUAUAGAACAAUACCCUAAAUAUAGGCGGCUAGGAUGAAUAGAUAGCUCGGUUGGGUGGGAGCUAGGGGUGGAAGAUAAUGCUCGGCCUAUUAUUCACAUUGCUGAUUAUAAUUGUGAACUAAGAUAAUAAUAUACACGGUACUCCUGGUAGCCAAGAAGAACGUCAAGGCUAUUUCGGCCAAUAUCAAGGCGCAAU